CCCAUAUAUAACUACAAAUCUUGCUUUCAAACACAUCAAGCUUGUGUCCGUUAAUUAACACUGUGUAAACUUUAUUUCUCUUUCUACACAUGGCUUGCAAUUAAAAAUCGACUUCCGAUCCCACAGGCAACCGUAUGAUCACUUGGAAUGGAGGAGCAAAUGAGAGAUCAUCUUUUCUUCAAAUGCCCAUAUUCAGAUUAGGCAUGGAGUACAAUCACUAGGAAGCUUUUCAGUCCAUCCUUCUUCACAUACUAGCAAGAGCUCCUGGCGACAACAAGCUGGACAAGAUUCAGAGAUUUUUAGCGAGAUAUGCUUUCCAGACUAUAGUCUACACUACAAAAAAUUGACCCACGCUCUCUCUUUCAUGGCGAUAAAAUUGGUGAUUUAAGAUUUUCUUUGUACCGUCGUCGUGUUAACUCAUGGGAGGAUUCCACCGCUCCUCUUUCUUCCUCCGGAUCCGGAUCCAGAUCCAAAUCUGCCGUUGGUCGCUCUUCCACCCUAGAUCUGUCCUUGGUGUUUGUCAGAAAUGACUUCUCUUUGAUGGGGUUAUCGAUGGGCUUUGAGGCGCUUUUGAGGACUGAGUUCCCAAGUCUGUCCUUCACUCUGUUGCAGUCGUCAGAUCCUCUGCCGAGUAGGAAGUCUCGUGGGCCCUUGGUCGUUGUGUGUGGUGGUCCCCUUGUGCCGUCUUCACCAAACCCGCCAUAUCCACCUGAUUUUGGAUCUGUCGGAGUAGUUUCAAGCCCUUUGAUGUUCUCUCGUGGAUCUGCCUCUACGCCUCUUAAGCUCUAUGAAGGAAACCCUUACUCUUUGACGCUUAAGAAGGUAUUCUCCGCAAGUGUUACCUUACUCCAAGUGAUUUUGGACUCGGACAUCCUAACUAUUGCUCUCUUGUUGGGAACAGAUCUGAACGAGUUUGCAGGCAUUCUACGUGAUCCGUUUUAG